UGCUGCUCACCCAGGAGCAGGAGAUCCAGGCCGAUGUCCACCCCAGAUCCCCCCAUGGGAAGCACACCUCGCCCAGGUCCUUCCCCUGGCCCAGGUCCCUCCCCCGGGGCUAUGCUAGGCCCCAGCCCAGGGCCCUCUCCAGGCUCCUCUCACAGUAUGAUGGGCCCCAGCCCCGGCCCUCCCUCUGGGCACCCCCAGCUAGUGCCCUCUGGAUACGGCCAGGAGAGCAUGCACCCUCUGCACAAACCCAUGGAGAGCAUGCAUGAGAAGAGCCUGAGUGAGGAAAGUCGCUUCAGUCAGAUGAAGGGACUGUCUCUGAGACAGGGCGGGCACAGUGGCAUGGGCCCUCCACCCAGUCCUCUGGACCAACACUCACAAGGUUACCACUCUCCGUUGGGGGGCUCUGACCACUCCAGCCCCGUCCCUUCAAACGGCCCCCCCUCUGGACCUCUCAUGCCAUCCUCCUCUUCCUCCUCUGGUUGUCCCAGCUCUGCCUCUACACCUUUAGACGGUCCCGGUGUAGAUCAGCACACUCUGGGUCCCACUAACCGGCCUGGCCCCCCCGGCCCCAGUCCAGGACCCAGCAUGGGCCUCGGUGUCUCUACCCUUGUAUCUGGCCUUGAGUCUGGAGGCCCUCCUGGUCCUGGAGGUCCUGGUGGCCCGACUCCCUUCAACCAGAACCAGCUCAACCAGCUCAGAGCCCAGAUCAUGGCUUAUAAGAUGCUGGCCCGGGGUCAGCCCCUGCCAGAUCACCUCCAGAUGGCUGUCCAAGGGAAGAGGCCAAUGCCUGGGAUGCAGCAGCCAAUGCAAAGCCUGGUUCCUGGAGGGGGAGGCGGGCUGAUGGGGGGACCAGCAGGGCCCAUACUAGGGCCGGGGAUGAUGGGUUCCGGCUAUGGCCGAGUUCAUGGAAUGAUGGGUCCCAACAUGCCUCCUCCAGUCCCAUCAGCUACUCCAGUUGGGAUGCAGAUGCAAAACCCAAACGGACCUCCCAAAUCCUGGCCAGAAGGCCCCCUGGUGAAUGCAGCAGCCCCCUCUAACGCACCCCAGAAGCUAAUUCCCCCUCUUUCCACUGGCCGGCCCUCAGUUCCUCCAGCUGCCUCUCGAGUAAUGCCUCCACAGACCCAGUCCCCCGGCCAGCCGGCACAGCCCACUCCCAUGAUGCCUUUCCACACCAAGCAGAACCGCAUCACCCCCAUCCAAAAACCCUGCGGCCUCGACCCAGUGGAGAUUCUACAGGAGAGGGAGUUCAGGUUACAGGCUCGGAUCACUCAUCGUAUUGCUGAGCUGGAGAACCUGCCAGGCUCUCUGGCUGGUGACCUGCGUACAAAAGCUACUAUUGAGCUCAAAGCCCUCCGACUGCUUAACUUCCAGAGACAGUUGCGUCAAGAGGUGGUGGUGUGCAUGCACCGGGACACAGCUCUAGAGACGGCCCUCGAUGCCAAGGCCUACAAGCGAAGCAAGCAUCAGUCUCUGCGAGAGGCGCGCAUCACAGAGAAACUGGAGAAGCAGCAGAAGAUUGAGCAAGAGCGCAAACGAAGGCAGAAACAUCAGGAGUACCUGAACAGCAUCCUGCAGCAUGCCAAAGACUUCAAAGAGUACCACCGCUCCAUCACAGGCAAAAUGCAGAAGCUGACAAAAGCAGUGGCCACCUACCACGCCAACACUGAGCGGGAGCAGAAGAAAGAGAACGAGCGUAUUGAGAAAGAGAGGAUGAGGAGGCUCAUGGCCGAGGAUGAGGAGGGCUAUCGUAAACUGAUCGACCAGAAGAAGGAUAAGCGCCUGGCCUACCUGCUGCAGCAGACUGACGAGUACGUGGCCAACCUCACCGAUCUGGUCCGAGCUCACAAAGCUGCGCAGGCCCUCAAGGAGAAAAAGAAGAAGAAGAAGAAGAAGAAGAAAAAGAAGAAGUUGGAGAGUGCUGAGGGUCAGACUCCUGCCAUGGGUCCUGAUGGAGAGCCUCUGGAUGAGACGAGUCAGAUGAGUGACCUUCCGGUGAAGGUCAUCCACGUGGACAGCGGGAAGAUCCUGACAGGGGUGGACGCUCCUAGAGCCGGACAGCUGGAGACCUGGCUGGAGAUGAACCCUGGUUAUGAGGUGGCUCCUCGCUCAGACAGCGAGGAGGAGGAAGAGGAGGAGGAGGAAGAGGAGGAGCCUCAGCCGUCAACUAACCAGGUGGAGGAGAAGAAGAAGAUUACAGAUCCCGACUGCAAGGACGUGUCAGAGGUGGACGUCCGACACGUCAUCGAAAAUGCUAAACAGGACGUGGAUGAUGAAUAUAGCGGAGCAGCGUUCGCCCGAAGCCUCCAGUCGUAUUACGCUGUUGCUCACGCUGUCACGGAGAAGGUGGACAAACAGUCCACUUUUUUAAUAAAUGGACAACUCAAACAGUAUCAGGUUAAAGGAUUGGAGUGGCUGGUUUCCCUCUACAACAAUAACCUGAACGGGAUCCUGGCUGAUGAGAUGGGCCUGGGGAAAACCAUCCAGACUAUCGCCCUCAUCACGUACCUCAUGGAGCACAAGCGGCUCAACGGCGCCUACCUCAUCAUCGUACCACUCUCAACUCUUUCUAACUGGGUGUAUGAGUUUGACAAAUGGGCACCGACAGUCGUGAAAGUGUCCUACAAGGGGUCUCCUGCUGCAAGAAAAGCCUUUGUGCCUCAACUGCGCAGUGGAAAGUUUAACGUUUUACUCACCACUUACGAGUACAUCAUCAAGGAUAAACAAGUGCUGGCCAAGAUUCGUUGGAAGUACAUGAUUGUGGACGAGGGCCACCGGAUGAAGAACCACCACUGUAAGCUGACCCAGGUUCUGAACACACACUACCUGGCCCCGCGCCGUGUACUGCUCACAGGAACGCCGCUGCAGAACAAACUACCCGAGCUCUGGGCGCUGCUCAACUUCCUGCUGCCCACCAUAUUCAAGAGCUGCAUCACCUUCGAGCAGUGGUUCAACGCCCCUUUCGCUAUGACAGGAGAGAAGGUUGAUCUUAAUGAAGAGGAGACCAUCUUGAUUAUCCGUCGUCUCCAUAAAGUCCUUCGCCCCUUCCUCUUGCGCAGAUUAAAGAAGGAGGUGGAGGCCCAGCUUCCAGAGAAGGUGGAGUACGUGAUAAAGUGUGACAUGUCGUCUCUUCAGAGAGUGCUUUACAGGCACAUGCAAGCCAAGGGGGUCCUGCUCACUGACGGAUCAGAAAAGGACAAGAAGGGUAAAGGAGGCACAAAGACACUGAUGAACACCAUCAUGCAGCUGAGGAAGAUCUGUAACCACCCUUACAUGUUUCAUCAAAUAGAGGAAUCUUUCUCUGAACAUUUAGGAUUAUCUGGUGGGAUAGUCCAGGGUCUUGACCUGUAUCGGGCAUCAGGAAAGUUUGAGGUGUUGGAUCGAAUCCUGCCAAAGCUCAACGCCACAAACCACAGAGUGCUGCUCUUCUGUCAGAUGACCACUCUCAUGACCAUCAUGGAGGACUACUUUGCUUAUCGCGGCUUCAAGUAUCUGCGCCUGGAUGGUACCACAAAGGCUGAUGAUAGAGGAAUGUUACUGAAGACUUUUAAUGAACCAGGGUCAGACUACUUUAUCUUCCUCCUGAGCACAAGAGCCGGAGGCCUCGGCCUCAACCUGCAGUCUGCGGACACUGUGAUUAUUUUUGACUCUGACUGGAACCCACAUCAGGACCUGCAGGCUCAGGACAGAGCUCACCGUAUUGGUCAGCUAAACGAGGUGCGAGUGCUGCGUUUGUGCACGGUAAACAGCGUCGAAGAGAAAAUCCUGGCUGCUGCCAAAUACAAACUGAACGUGGACCAAAAGGUCAUUCAGGCUGGCAUGUUUGACCAGAAGUCUUCGAGCCAUGAGCGCAAGGCCUUCCUGCAGGCCAUCCUGGAACACGAGGAGCAAGACGAGGUCGGGGAUCAGGAAGUGUGUCUACGAAUUAAUGAGGAGGAUGAGGUGCCAGACGACGAGACGGUCAACCAGAUGAUCGCCAGGAGUGAGGACGAGUUCGACCAGUUCAUGCGUAUGGACCUUGACCGCCGUCGUGAGGAAGCCCGUAACCCGCGGAGAAAACCUCGUCUGAUGGAGGAGGACGAGCUGCCCACUUGGAUCAUGAAGGAUGACGCUGAGGUUGAACGUCUGACCUGUGAGGAGGAAGAGGAGAAAUUGUUUGGAAGAGGGUCUCGAGAGCGGAAGGAGGUGGACUACAGCGACUCACUGACGGAGAAGCAAUGGCUCAAGGCAAUAGAGGAAGGCAAACUAGAUGAGUUGGAGGAGGAGGUACGGCACAAGAAGACCACCCGCAAGAGGAAGAGAGACCGCGACCUGGACCUCCCCGGUCCCUCCUCUUCCCUGGGGGGACGAGGGCGAGGGGACAAGGAUGAUGACGGGAAGAGGCAAAGGAAGAGGGGGCGACCACCUGCUGAUAAACUCUCCCCCAACCCCCCCUCCCUCUCAAAGAAGAUGAGGAAGAUCGUAGAUGCUGUCAUCAAGUAUAAAGACAGCGCCAGUGGUCGUCAGCUGAGCGAAGUGUUCAUCCAGCUGCCGUCUCGAAAGGAGCUUCCAGAGUACUACGAACUAAUCCGCAAGCCUGUGGACUUCAGAAAGAUCAAGGAGAAGAUUCGAGGACAUCACUACCGCAGUAUGGGUGACCUGGAGCGAGACGUCAUGCUGCUCUUUCAAAACGCUCAGACCUUCAACCUGGAGGGAUCCCUGAUCUAUGAAGACUCCAUCGUCCUCCAGUCAGUGUUUACCAGUCUGAGGCAGAAGAUCGAGGAGGAAAGUGAGGGAGAGGAGAGUGAGGAAGAGGAAGAUGAUCUGGAAGAAGGUUCAGAGUCCGAAUCACACACAGUGAAAAUGAAGAUCCGUUUGGGAAAGAAGGAUAAAUCUGGAGAUCGGGGGAAGGGUCGCAGCAGACGAACAGGACGCAACAGAGCCAAACCGGUUGUUAGUGAUGACGACUCUGAGGAUGAGCAGGAAGAGGAGCGUUCCCCCAGUGCCACCGACGAGGAGUCCGGAAUUGUAAUGUAGAAGAGAAGGGGGAACAAAGGGAUAUUCCACCAACUCAAGUACUGCAUUCAUAGAAAAUAAGAUAUGCCUCUGUCUACUCCACCCACCCUUGGUCAAAUGUCAAAGCACUCAAAUGGAAAAUGUGUUUUGUAAAACAAUCAAUUCAGGAACAACACGCAUUCAAUAUCAUAAAAUACACAAAUGUAUUGGACUAUGCACAUUGCAUUUCACGCUACUGCUCGGUGCAAAAUGGUCCUUAAAAAAAAGGAGUGUAUUUAUCUUUUUUGGGAAUAUAAUGAAAGUUUUUGAUCAGUUGUAUUGAGAAUUGUAUCUGCGUACUGGUGUUUAAAACACUACUCGGAGUCAGCUCGACUUAAAAAAAUACAGGAAAAUACACUGAAGCCAUUUUAUAGUCAUUAUAUUUCUGAGUUGCACAAUUACAACACCUUCCUUAAAGUCAUUUAACAUUUAUAAACAGCAUAUUAACAUUCAAGACAUUGCUGAUAAUAUAUUAUGAAGAAGUUGAACACACACCUAUAAGGACCAUAAGGUUUUUUUGAUGUACAGUAACUAUAAUUCUCCUAUGAAGACAUGUUGUAUAUUAUUAGAACCGUGUUUUACUUUAAUUACAUUAAUUGUCUGUUUAAAAACCAGCCUCAUCUAAUCUGUGACUGCAGGAGCAGUUAUAGCUUUUGAGAAUUACAUGAAUAAAUGCUUACAAGUACAUUAAAGUCUGUUAUAAACCACCUACUUAAUGUUGAUAUACUGAUAUAAAUGCUAAAUAGGAGGACUUAAAUUGCUCCCAGUCAAACUAAUCCCAGAGAAUUAAAAAUUCAGUUAGUUAAACUUAUUUAAUUGUAUAUGACAUCUAUAUUUAUUAAGAUGUUCUUAUUUUUUGGGGCAAGUUGUAAUACAAAAUGAAUCCUUAGCAAACCUGAGAAGAACUGGCGGGAACCAGUAAUGUGAACUAAACAACCUUGAAUGUAAACCGAAGAUGUUUUCCCCCAGUUUCCUAACAUGAUGUUUUGCCUCUGCUUCUCUGUAGCAGUGUUGUAACAACAGUAGGCCGCUUUGGAGCCACUGUGAUUACCGAGGUGUGUGCACAUCACAUAUUUGUGACCGGGGCUCACUGUUUGAGUUGGAAAUCCAGCCAGAUGUGGGCACAGGGUGUUUCCAGACUUCUCAGAAGCUCUUUAGCAAUUCACCAAAGUCAUUACCUGACUGAGGUUCAAUAGUGUUGGGUCCAGGUCACUAUAAAGUACAGUAUAAAAACAACCUCGCUGCUGCUGCUGCAUACUUGCUACACUUCCAAUAUAAGCACUUAUAACUGUUGAUUGUAGACUUAAAGAAUCAUGAGGUCGCAAUUAAUCAAUGAGUACUGUAGCUUUAAUUGCUUCUCCUUCAGUUGUUGUGUGGUGAUUUUAGGAUUUCAGUAGUAAUUUAUGUAGUUUUAAUGUUUUUUUAUUUGAAGACAAAGGACCAGAGGGACAGUGGCUCCUCUCUGCUUGUGAUUGCCUCAUGGCUUUACUGUGUUGGAUAUACUGUAUAGAGUAUUUUUUGAGUAUAAUGUCGAUGCACGUGUGUACAGCUCGCAAGUUCAGUACUGUACUUUUUUCACAAUGUAACUAGAGUGAACAACAUACAACCAUAGCAUCAACAUUUUCUCCACAACAUUAUAAAAAUGUGUCUGUGUAGUGGUCAUCAUUGCUGGGACUCAGAACGUAACAAUACAGUGAAAGCGAUUGUUGUUGUGUGAUGUAGUGCUGAGAUGAUUUAUGGUUUUGCCAGGUGACUGAAAUUAAUCAGCAAUUGUAUUAAUAAAUGCUGUGAGUCACGUUUUUUUGUAA